UGUUUCCAUCUCCAUCCCAAGCAACGAGUAACGACUCACUAAACCCAACCAAACAAACUAGAGAGAGAAAGAGAAACAAAGAAAAAAGCUUCGUUUCGCUAUCGCUUCUCCUCCAACAGCAACGUGAUGGAAUCUGAACACGUGUGGCGCGUGGGAGCGUGCAGCAGUAAUAGUUCCCUCCACAACCAGAACAAUAUUUUCAACGGAAUAAUGCUCCGGUUCCGACCGAUCGCACCGAAGCCAGUCACCGGAGCCUCAUCAACCUCCGGAGAACUAACUCCGGCCAAACAAUCCAUCUCUACACUUCCAGGUAAACGAACUAAGAGAAAGUACGUUAGGAUUAGGAGAAACAACGGAUAUGUAAAAAAGAACGGUAAUAAACCACCGGAAAAAGUUGUUGAAACAACAGAUAACAUCGAUAGCGUGGCUGCAGUUGUUACUCUACAGCUGAUGCCGGAAAAAGCGGAAGAAGAAACACCUUUCACCGGCGGUUCAUGGUGUAAGAACGUCGAUCUUAACUUAACUGUUGAGAAGAUUCAGAUCUUAGAGAAUCUGAAUUCAAAUCCGAUAUCGAAACCGGAUCUCAAAACGCAAAACGCCGGGGAGAUUUUAGAUCUGAUAUCCACGUCGGAGAAAGCGGUGGUUGAAUCAUGGAUAACGGUGGAGAGCGUGACUAGCACGUGCAUGAGUGAAGAAGGUGAGCGAGUGUUUAACUGUACGGACGUUGAGAAAAUGAAGAUUCUAGAAACGGACACGUGUCCGUGUUUUGUAACGGACAGUUACGGAAGGGUUUUAUGGGUGAAUGACGCGUACAAGAGGAUGGUGGUGAACGACGAGGUUAAAGAGAUUGAAGUUGUCGUUUGGUUGAAGGUGAAGGAGAGUGUUGCAUGGUGUUAUUCUUACCCAGCGUUCACCUGUGGUGUUAGGUUACAGUACACGUGGAGGAACGAGAAGUGUUUAAAAAUGGUUCCUUGUGAUGUUUGGAGAUUACAGUGUGGUGGUUUUGCAUGGAGAUUAGACGUGAAAGCUGCUCUAAGUUUGGGGCUGUGAGAAAUGAUAAAGUCACAGACAUAUAAUAAUAGAAUAUAAAUACUCCUAUAUCUAUCUAUAUAUAGAUAAUACCUAGCUGGUUUUUCAUGGAUUGAGGAAAGGAGCAAGAUCUUCCACACACUCUCUCAACACUCAUGGUUAGGUAUUAUUUAAGCUAGAGUUUUUCUACUAUUGUUUGAAGAAACUUUAUUAGAAUUUCUAAUGAGAAUAAUGUGCCUAUGGAUAUGAGUGUGUUUCAUUAUUAACUAAAGGGUGAGAUUCCCUUCUACAAAGGAGUUGCAGAGAACUAAACACAACGUUGAAUCAAAGAACAAAUGUAACAAUUCAACAAUUGUGUUUAAGUUCUCUGUAACGAUGACAAACCCUAAAUUUUAAACUCUAAAGAAGUGGAACACGCGGUUCACUUUUGCCAUUAUGGGAGAUGAGAGGGUUGAAAAAGUAAUUUUAAGGAAUUAGGAGUUUGAAUAAUAUGCAAAGUAAUGAGGCUUAAAAAGUACUCCUACUUCUAUUUCUAUUACUAUAUGCCAAUGCCAUAUGUCUAUGUAACCAUUGGCUUAGUUUAAAGUGUGUAACUAUUAUUGUCGCUCUAGGACUUUGCGAUUAAUAAAAUAGUUAAUUGUAUGAUAUUGCAUGAUAAGGAAUCACUAAGCUUAAUAUCAAUGUGUGUGAUAAUUGUAUAUAUACAUACAUAGCUAGAGAUAAGAAUUUGUGAAUUAGAUAGAGUAGAGAGUAUCUAGGCAUUCGUGCCUUGCUUUGUUUAUGUUGCUAUUUAUUUAAAAAUAGGGACAUAUUCAUUAGUUAGGUAAAGGCAUCUACAUAGUUUUUGUCAUUUUUAGAGUAUUAGCUUCUACACUUAUACUACAACUAACUACUUUUAACUUUCAAGAUAAAUCGAGUUUAAAAGAGUUUCAAAAUUAAUUAAUUAACAUGAUUAAUAUGUUUAUUUGUUUUAAUAUUUUUUAGUUAGAAUUAUUGAAAAAUGAAUUUAAAAUAUUCGUUAGCCCGACCUUUUAUUUAAAUAUAUAUUGUAAAUGUUAUUUUAUGAAGCAUGUCAUAUAGUCUAUUACAAAGAUAAGUGUUUAAAACAAGCAGUUCUUCAAAUGCAGUUCUUACACGGCAAUAAAACGUGGUUGUUUAAUCAUUAUAUAUAUCUUUCUUCUCCUUCUACGCAUCAACAACUCUUGUCGUACUUACUUGCCUUCUAUUUGUUCUAUUGUUGUAUUUUGAUUAAAUGUCAACUUCAACUCAAUUUACUUUAAUCUUAUUACAAUAUUUUGUUCAAAUUAACAUUAAAAAAAAAGUAAUUUUAAAAAUUGUGUUCAACUCUUUUAGUUAUAUAAAGUUCAGGAGCAAGUUUAGAUCAACAUAUAUGCAUUGAAACUAGAUACUUAAUUUAAGUUAAUAUGAUAGGAACCUAUUCUAAAAAAUAUAUAUUGUAUUCGCAAUUGAAUAGUAUAUCUGAAUAUAGACCCAUCUAUGAGUCAAAAUAAUAAAUAUAACUCAAACAUAAUCAUGAUGAAAUUUAAUAGUAUGAUAAAUAAAUAUAAAUAAAAGAAAUUAUCAUGUUAAAAAACAUCAAGAAUUAUGUAGUUUAAUAUAAUUGGUGAUAGUUAAUGACAAGAAUGAUUGGUAGAUAAAUUGGUAGAUAAAUUGGUAGAUAAAAGAGAUGCCAACCCUUUUCAUGUUUGUCUAGAAUUUAGAUAGUGUUUUAAAAUCAGACUCGAACACUUAGAUUGAUCAGAUCGUGAAUUGGAGGAUAGGACGUGAGCUUGUUUGAACCGAUGAAUUUCACUUUCUUUUACUAACACAUUUUGCAAUGAGUGAAAAAAAAUUCAAAAUUGAAUCAUCUCCAAAAAAAAAAAAAAUGAAACUUUCAUAAUUUUAAGAAUUUACCUCUUAUCUAUUAAGCUACCUAAAACUCUCAACUUUCAUAAUCAAUUUCUUAUUGUAGGAUUAAUUCUUGUUAUUUAAUUUCAUUAUUAUUGUUGAGCUUACAACUUUUUCAAUUUAAAUGUUACAUUUUUGCUUUCUAUUUAUCAUUUGUAAUUUGAUUUGGAUGAUUUUGUUAUAGGAUUAAGAAUCAUUAUUUUAUUUUUGUUUGAAGUUAAGGUCGGUACUCAAGAUGAUUUUGGAUAUGAAAUGAUAAUUAUACAAGUAAUUUUGAGUUACCGCCUAUUAAAAAAGAAUUCAUCUUUACUUUAUAUGAAUUUGAUUAUUGGAUUUUUUGAGUUCUUGAAUUUGAUUUUGUCGAGUGUAUGGAAAAUUUGUUUAUAUUUUUUAAAAUUUUUAUAACCAUAAUUUUAUGUCAAUUAAAUUUUUUAAUAUAUUAGAUCAACUAUCAUGCGGUCUAACCAACCAGUGACUUACAAAUCUGACCAAUUAAUCAAUGAUCCAAUAUCUUGAUUAAACUGAUCGCUAAUUCAGAUUAUUUUAUGUCAACCAAUUUUUUUUAUAUAUUAGAUCGCCAUUUUGUACAUACACUAUUUUGGGUAGUGGUCGUCAUUUUGUACAUACACUGUUUUAGAUAUAUUAUCCAAAACAGUGUAUAUACAAAAUGACGAUCUAAAAUGAUCCAGCCCAAAAUAAGUGAAACAAAAAUAUAUAGUCCAAGUUUAAGCUAAAUCAUCAUUUGCCUCGCAACAUUAUCUCGAAACUUGGGAUUAGUCCAUGUCCUGUAUAUAAAGUGUCUAUAAUUUUUUGCUCUAUAGUUGUAUUACUUAUAGUGUUUCCAUAAUAAGUUUCAUUCCUAUAUUUCCAUAUUUCAUAAAGUGUUUCAGCAAAGGCACUCUUGAGUAGUUGAACCUUCCAACCUUUUCCUUUA